GAAAUCAUGUGUAACUAGUAGUGGACAUUUGUCCUGGAUUUACGCGAUGGCAAAGGAGUAAAUCUCAAUGGCAAAGAUGCUUGGGGACUGGGAGGUCACUUUGGCACCGUGGUCUUAUGGAAUAUAGCCCGAUCUUAAGCAGUCUACAUGUUGUGCCAUCACCCCACGUGAAAAACAAACUUUUUGUCUUCUGUAUCAUGCUGUCCCUUUGGGUUUACAUGAUCUACUGUUGCGUGGGAUACUGCUCCACGGUGCCCAGCCUGAGAUACGUAAACAGGCACGGGAACGACGUGGAUGUAGUGGAAAGCCUCGGUGCGUCCAGGGACUUACUCAACAAUAACGAGAACGAUGUGGACAGCCGAGGGGAGGAAUGGGACGAGCCGAGGAGCGAGAGCAAGGCGCUGGAUGAUAAUGCCAUGACAGCUUUCCUCAAUGAGACUAAGAAGUUGCCCCAGGCCAUCAUCAUCGGGGUGAAGAAAGGAGGGACCCGCGCGCUGCUCGAGUUCCUUCGCCUUCAUCCUGACGUGAGAGCCGUAGGAGCAGAGCCGCAUUUCUUUGACCGCAACUAUGUCAAGGGGCUCGAGUGGUACAGGGACUUGAUGCCAAAGUCACUAGAGGGCCAGCUCACUAUGGAGAAGACCCCCAGCUACUAUGUGACUAAGGACAUCCCCUCUCGGAUCUACAACAUGUCCAAAGACACUAAACUCAUCGUGGUGGUCCGGGACCCUGUCACCCGGGCCAUCUCGGACUACACCCAAACUCGCUCCAAAAAACCAGACAUCCCUUCUUUUGAGAGCCUCACCUUUAAAAACAUGUCCUCAGGUCAAAUCGACACCUCCUGGAGCGCUGUGCAGAUAGGGAUGUACGCUAAACACCUCGAGCGCUGGCUGCAGUAUUUUCCUAUGGACCAGUUGUUGUUCGUCAGUGGAGAGCGACUCAUCAGUGACCCUGCUGGAGAAAUGGUGCGGGUGCAGGACUUUCUAGGACUAAAGAGGAUAGUGGAUGGAAAGUACUUUCAUUUUAACCCAGCGAAGGGAUUUCCAUGCCUGAAGAGACCAGAGAGCACCAGCAAACCGCACUGUCUGGGCAAAACCAAAGGCAGGACUCAUCCCAACAUUCACCCAGACGUGGUGCAGAAGCUACGAGACUUUUACAAACCAUUCAAUAUGAAGUUUUAUGAGAUGACCGGCCACCAUUUUGGCUGGGAUUAAA